CAAAAAACAACAACUAAACAAGCUCUGAAUGAAACUGGUCUCCUUUCACUUCAUUUUCUUUCACUUCCACUUCAUCCUCUGCUCGUAUUCGUGUCCAAAAUAAUUAACCUGGCGCAAAUCUAUUCGUGAUGAUCUGUUAACAAAUGACAAUACCUAGACAACUAAUAGAGAACGAAAAUGCUUCGAUCGCACAAAUAAUCGGCGACAAUAACAACACACAUACCAGCAACAUACAUACAUAUAAAUCGCCAUCAAAAGGGAUCAGCUCGAAUAGCGAGAUUUUUAUGCAUAUUAUAACUAUACACAUCUAAGAUAGUAAGUUAUUUGGAAAGUACCUGAAGAUCCGACGACGAUCAGAAGCCUAUAAUAGAUUAAAAACCACAACAAACCAACCCAAAAAAACAAAAUGAAGACUGCCCUCAUGACUCAGAUAAACAUACGACGGGUCAGGACAUUAGCGUCCGUGAUGAUUUUGCUACUCUCCGGCGUGUUGAACACAAAUGCAAGCCAUUCACUUACCAACACACAAAUUCACAGUGAUCCCGAUGAGCAGGGACCCCAGUUUUUGGCCCAACUCACGAAUAUCACAGUUCCCCAAGGACGGGACAUAUCAUUCACCUGUGUCGUGGACAACCUGGGACAAUAUCGGGUGGCAUGGAUUAAAUCAGAUUCAAAAGCAAUACUUGGUAUACACACACAUAUGGUGUCGCUAAAUCCAAGAUUAUCAGUGACACACAAUGGACACAACACCUGGAAACUUCACAUAUCGCACGUGCAGCUAAAUGAUUCUGGCAGCUACAUGUGCCAGGUGAACACGGAUCCCAUGAAGAGUCUGUCUGGCUAUUUGGAUGUUGUGGUCCCACCGGAUAUUCUGAACCAUCCCGAUCAAAACAUUGACGAGGGCGUCAGCACUGAAGGAGGCAGCAUCUCACUACAAUGCAGUGCCACAGGUGUUCCAGAGCCCAUGGUGCAGUGGCGACGUGAGGGCGGCAAAGACAUUAUGCUAAGAACGGAGAGCAGAGACAAACAAGCUCUGAAGUCAGUCGAGGGCGAGCGUCUGACACUCACGAAUGUCCACCGAACUGAUAUGGGAGGUUACCUCUGCAUCGCAUCAAAUGGAGUGCCUCCCUCAGUGAGCAAGCGAUUUGAUAUUCACGUCAACUUUCCACCUACAAUCAAAGCAGUUAACCAGUUGGUGGGUGCGCCUGUGGAGCGAGAGGUGACACUGGAGUGCAUUGUGGAAGUGUAUCCGAAGCCUCUCAACGGCUGGUAUCGAAAUGAAGGCAAUGUGAAGUUGCACAAUGGCAACAAGUACAACAUAUCGGAGGCGCUGAUUAACCUAUACACGUGGCAUCUCAAUCUGACGAUACGACACCUGACCAAAUCGGAUUUCGGUGCUUACAGCUGUUCGAGUGUGAAUGCCCUUGGCAAGAGUGAGACACGGAUUCGAUUGCAAGAAUUACGAUUACCGCCCAAGUCAACAACGACAGCAACACCUCACGUGCUGCACACCACGAGCAAGCCGCGUCGGAAGCAGCAGCAGCAGCAGACCAGCAGCCACAACAAGGGAACGAACGAAGUGGUGCGUACCAAGGAAACCCAUUUCUCAAAUCAAAUGCAGCAAGAGAACGAUGUGUUCAACGGUGGCGGUGGCGGUGGCGGUGGCAUUGGGAAUGUGCCACACAACGGCGGCGGCGGACUUGGAGCUGCUGGUGGAACUGAAGCUGCCGGUGGUGGCAUUGUGGCAAGUGGAAACGUCAACGGCAUGAUAAACGGAGCGGAAGUAGAUACGCAGCUGCCGGCACGAAACGGAUUCGAAAAGACAUAUAAGUCGGGGAGCGGUAUGGUGCCCACUCCCCGCACCCCGUGGACGUAUGCGAAUGCGGGGUCACAGCUGCUGGCCACAGCCACGAUAACGACAAAUGCCCUGAUGGCUUUUUUUCUGUAUAUUGUCUAUGUAUUCAGUUAAGCUCAUUUAAAAUUAUGCUUCCGAACAAAAUCCACACGCCACACAACGUAACAAACGGGUCGGAGACAACGAAGGAAUCUCUCUACAGCGAGUGACACAGCGAAAACGAGCGAGAGAGAGAGAGAGAAAGGUAUUAAAAAAGAGGGAGAGAGCUAGAGGUGCUAGCUCUACUUCUCAUUAUUAGCCUGCUUACUGGCCACUGCCCACCCAACAAGCUUCGGAGCACAAAAAGUAAAAGGAACAGCAAUCUUCUGGUUAGUCGAUUUUUGAACACGCAUUUUUAUCAAUCGACUUGUGGACGCCGUUUUAUUUUUGUUACUACUUGAGCAAGUCAUGAAUUUCUGCAUCUAUUUGAAUACUAUGAGUACUGCUCAUGCAUUCAAAACAUUCAUAACACAAAACAUAAACACGUGUGCAGCCGAGACAACAGCCUGUUUCAAAAGUUGAACCCCGCACUCGCAACUUCUCUGAGUUUUUAGUCAAAU